AAAACAGAGCGGGCUGCAGGAGGCUGACACCGUGACUCCUGCUGGAUGGGACUGGAGAGGGAGAGCCAAGCCCUGACUGGUUCAGCGGGCACUGGGAAAGAGCAUGGAAAGUCUCUUCGCGGUUCUGGGAUUUCUGCUGCUGGCUUCAGGACUGCCGCUCCAGGCAGCCAAACGGUUCCGCGAUGUGCUGGGCCACGAGCGGUUCCCGGGUCACGUGAGGGAGCACAGCCAGCUCCGGGGCUGGUCCUCUGAUGAAAACGAAUGGAAUGAAAACCUGUACCCAGCGUGGAAGAGGGGAGACGGCAGGUGGAAGGACUCCUGGGAAGGAGGCCGUGUGCAAGCGGUCCUGACGAGUGACUCGCCAGCUCUGGUGGGUUCCAAUAUCACAUUUGUGGUGAACCUGGUGUUCCCCAGAUGCCAGAAGGAGGAUGCCAAUGGUCACAUCAUCUCUGAGAGGAACUUCAGAGACGAUUUGGCACUGACUUCUAACCUGGAUGCCUACAACUGGACAGCAGAGGCAGAGGAUGGCGAAUGGGAGGGUGACACCAGCCAAAGCCAGCACCUCAAGUUCCCCGACGGGAAGCCCUUCCCUCGACCCCACGGAUGGAAGAAAUGGAGCUUUGUCUACGUCUUUCACACACUUGGUCAGUACCUCCAAAAACUGGGCCGGUGUUCAGCGCGAGUCUCCAUGAACACAGUCAACUUGACCGUUGGCCCUCAGGUCAUGGAAGUCGCUGUCUUCCGACAGCGCGGCUGGGCGUACAUCCCCAUCUCGCAGGUCAAGGACGUGUAUGUGAUAACAGAUCAGAUCCCUGUAUUGGUGACCAUGUACCAGAAGAACGACCGGAACUCGUCCGACGAAACCUUCCUCAGAGGCCUCCCCAUCGUGUUCGAUGUCCUCAUUCACGACCCCAGCCACUUCCUCAAUGACUCUGCCAUCUCCUACAAGUGGGACUUUGGGGACAACACUGGCCUGUUUGUCUCCAACAAGCACACUAUGAAUCACACGUAUGUGCUCAAUGGAACCUUCAGCCUUAACCUCACCGUGGAAGCUGCAGUGACCGGGCCGUGCCCUUCACCUUCACCUUCACCCACAGUACCAACACCCAGCCCCUCUUCAAGUGAGUACUUUCUGGUGCCUACUGGUUACAACUCCAUGAAGCUGAGUGACAUUUCUAAUGGAAACUGCCAGAUAAACAGAUACGGUUACUUCAGAGCCACCAUCACAAUUGUAGAGGGAAUCGUAGAAGUCAGCAUCAUCCAGGUGGCAGCCGUUCCCGUGCCCGGGCCACAGCCUGACAACUCCCUGAUGGACUUCAUCAUGACCUGCAAAGGGGCCACUCCCACGGAAGUCUGUACCAUCGUCUCUGACCCCACCUGCCAGACUGCCCAGAACAGGCUCUGCAGCCCUGUGGCUGUGGAGCAGCUGUGCCUGCUGUCUGUGAGGAGAGCCUUCAGUGGGCCUGGCACGUACUGUGUGAACGUCACUCUGGGAGACGACACAAGCCUGGCCCUCACCAGCACCCUGAUCUCCGUCCCUGGCAAAGACCCAGCCUCCACUCUGGGAUUGGUGAAUGGUGCCCUCAUCGCCAUCGGCUGCCUCGCUGUGCUUGUCACCAUGGUAACCAUCUUGCUGUACAAAAAACACAAGGUGUACAAGCCAAUUGGAAAGUGCCCCGGCAUCACCGUCAAAGGCAAAGGCCUGAGUGCUUUCCUCAGGAACGCAAAAGCUCCAUUCUUCCGGGGAAACCAGGAGAAGAAUCCACUGCUCCAGGACAAGCCGGGAAUGCUGUAGGUCUUCAGCCUACAGUGACCAAGAGCCCACUCCUCCGUGCAUUUGCAUAAGCUGUGCAGGAGUACAGGAGGGGGAGCUCCAAGGACUGUUUCCUAAGGAUUAUUGUAAAAUACAUAUCAUGACUUAGGGAGGUUAGUUAAACAGCAUUUUGGAGAAGAGAUGGGACAAGUUAGUGUUUCCUCCCAUUUGUAUCGUGGUUUUUACGCUGUUAGUAGAAUGGGCACACUGUGUCUAGAGAGUGAGGGAGAAGUCGUUGCUCCGUAAGGUCCUAGGUUAACUGGGAGAGGAGGCUACAUGCUUCCCAGCUCUGCACAUAACCAUGGGCACGAGCCCAGCUAGUCCUGACCUGAAGACCACGCUUCAACUAACUGUAUCCCGGCUCACUGAACAUGCCUGAGCCGCUGACUGAACGAUGAUGGGCCCGAGCUUUUUGUAUGGUAUGUGUGUACCAUGUUAUACUCAUUAAAGAGACGAUCUAAUAA